CAGACCCACACACGACCCCGUCCCGUCCCCCCAGCGUCGGGGGGGGGAGAGACGGACCAUGUCCGGCGGGCCGUCCGAGGGGGGCCGCGGCGACGAGCUGGAGAGGAGCGGCGCCCGGCAGGACUCUCCCGUCGUCGAGCGACGCAACCGCAGCGGCAUCAUCAGCCAGCCGCUCAACAAGAGCCUGAAGCACUCCCGCACCCUGCUGCAGUACACCGCCGCCGCCCCCCCCGCCGCCGCCGCGCCCCACGGCCACGGCCACGGUCACCACGGCAACCACCACCACCACCACACCCACCACCACCACAAAGGACACGCCCACAAUGGCGAGAGCAACAAGAGGGACCCCUCGACCAAGCCCCCGCCCCCGGCCCCGCCCGCGCCCACCGUGGCGGCGCUGGCCGCGGCCAAGCUGGACCGGACCUUGGAGCAGGUCCUGGAAGGACAGAACGGCCUGCUGCACUUCGCCCAGGCCGCCGCGCUGCUGAAGCGGGCGGGCAUGGAGCACAUGCUGCUGCCCGGCGGGGGCAUGGGCGUGGGCGACGCGGGCUCGGGGGCCAGCGACCUGGAGGGCACGUCUGUCGCGGACGCCGUGGGGGGCCCGCUGGACUUCCCGUACGGAGUAGGGGGCGGCUUCCCCUUCAACCCGGGACUCUUCAUCAUGACGCCGGCGGGGGUUUUCCUGGCGGACAGCGCCUUGCACAUGGCGGGGCUGGCGGAGUACCCGGCGCAGAGCGAGCUGGCGUCCGCCAUCAACUCCGGCAAGAAGAAGCGGAAACGCUGCGGCAUGUGCGAGCCCUGCCGGCGGAGGAUUAACUGCGAGCAGUGCAGCAGCUGCCGGAACCGCAAGACGGGGCACCAGAUCUGCAAGUUCCGCAAGUGUGACGAGCUGAAGAAGAAGCCGUCGGGCGCGCUGGAGAAGGUGAUGCUUCCAACCGGCGCAGCGUUCCGAUGGUUCCAGUAGGCCCCGCCCCUCUGGCCCUGCCCCCUUUUCCAAAGCUCCGCCCACAAGUGCAAUGCCAGCCCUCCGAUUGGCUCCAGCAACAAACACUGGCUCCUACACGUCAAAGACACAACACAAUACAAACAACACAAAAAUAGGUUCUCAAGAAAAACAAAACAGAAGCAGAAAUAAGAAGUAAGAAACCGGGGGAAACAGGAUGCACCUACUUAUUCCUUGAACCAAAAAUGAAACGUAAAGAAAAGCAUCUCUGGCAACUUUCAUUCCCUUUUCUAUGUUUCCAUUUUGGUACCGUUCGUCUGUUCUUUCCAGAGAUUUUUUUCUGUCGGAACUGUUCAUCGCCAAAACAGAAAUGACGGACUGAGUGUGGACAAUCAACUAAUUUCUGUGUUUGGUGUUAAUGUCGUUCACGUGUGGAAAGAUACCGUACUUGUGUAGAGAAUGUAAAUUUACAGUUAUAUUUUAAAGCUAGUCGCUAAUGGCAAACACAAUAUUGUAAUUCUUCAGCAUUUUUGUUACCUUAAAAUCCCUCUCUUUUAUUAUUAAUUUUAGUUUCAGGCAAUGGUUUUGAAGAUCUGUCGUGGUCUUUGAAUACAAACAAACAAACCAGGAUGAAAAUUCAAACUGUAUAUCCAGAAUUUUCCGGAUUUGCAAGUGUUAAACGUCACGGUUUUUCAGUCACUUCUUUUUUCUUUUUCACUCGGACGAAGAGACGAUCCACCUGCUCUUCACUGUAAUAUCUCCCCCCCCCCCCUCACCCUCCUCAUCCUCGCCCCCAUUCCUUCCGUGGGUCUGUGAAACUGGCGGCCUUAUGUUACUGCGGCCCUACUGAGCAUGUGCCAACGCGGCUCAGGGCGAUGGCACUGAGAGACAGCACUUGCGCCGAGUCUACCCUACUGAACGCACUGAAUCAAAAAAUAAUUUGUAUGUUUUUGUUUCAUUCUUUAAUUUUUCGUUUUUGUUUUUUUUAUUGUGCUCCUACUUUUUUUUGGGUUAUGUUGCUGGGUAGUUUCAGCUUUUUUUUUUGGAGAAGAAAAUAACCAAUCUUUGUAUCAUUUAGAAAAAAAAAUUGGACUGGUUUUGUGAAUAAAAAGGAAUGCAUGUAUUUGUGUCAAAAUUGACCUCGUCCCGAUCUCCGUAGCCUUGACUGUUUGCACGUUCCUUUGUCAGUUUUCAUGCCAAAAAUAACCAAAAAAGGGGGAUGAAUUGGGUAACAACUGACACUUAUGUUCUCAUUCUAUUUAAUUGUUUAAUGCAACAAACCAAAUCUGGGACAUACAUAACUAUUAAAAUGCCAGAGACCUGUAAUAAUCUCAACUAUUGGACUGACUGCGCGCGAAUUCCACCAUAAUAAUUGACACACUUGUAUUGUGUGUCAAUUAUUAGAACUUGAACCAUGUUGUAGUGUAGAUUUCCUGGGAAUGCUGUGAAUCCCAUGGAAACGCUAGCGGAAGGCUCCCUAUUGGGUUAUCUUUCGACAGGAGAGAAGAGAACCGUCGAUGAACUGAUAAUCAAUAUGUUGAGGAGAGGCACGCCUACAUCUUUAGCUACGAGACGGUUGUUUAGGAAAGACUGGAGACCAAAACUACAGGACCUUAAGGUGGUGCGUGGAGAGGGUGGAGGGGCAGGAUAGUGUAGUGGUUUGGCUGUUUGACUCUUGUUGUUUGAAAUCACAAUGCCCGCAGCUUAACAGUAGGGGUCCUUGACGGCUAACCA